GCUUAAAAUGAAUUCAAUUUGGCGGACAUUAAAUUUUAAUUUAAAUAAUCGCUUCCAUUUCCAUUUCUCAUUGUGGUGUAAUGUCAACAAUGCUGAAGAUAUCCAAACAAAAAUACAUUCCAAACAAUUUCCCACCCUUACAAACGCUGCCGUUGUGUUAAUUGAUAGUGAUGUCAUCAUCGAUAUAGUUCAGAUAGAGGCCGCUAUUACCCAAGCUUUAAUCCAUUAUAACGAUGAAUCUUCGGGUGGAAUGUAUACACGAGGGUUGGCUACCGAGAUUCUAUAUUGCCUUAGCCCAAACCGAUCGAUUACUCAUGCGCUGGAUACAUUUGGAAUUAAAGCAUCUACCAAAGAACUAAUUGUAGGGAUCAUUUAUUCCACAGAUGUUUAUCAACCAAAUGAUGCAGUUUUACAAAGCUACUUAUCACAAAUGGUAAAUACAAUUCAAGGUACAAUAAAUACUGGUUCAUUGACACAGUUGGUUAAGAACACUGAUAAAGUUUGUCAAGAAUAUGGAAUAACAAACUUAGAACGAAGUUUAAUCAAUAAGUCCGAUGAUCCUCAUAGAUCUUUACUUGAGAGUAUCUUAAGUCGCAUGGCAUCAAGGGAUCUUUUCAGAUCUUGAAAAUACGAAUAAUUGAAUGACAUAAUUAUAAUGAUAAUCUUUAUUUUGUAUAAAUUAAUUUUAAUGUACCAUACUGUUCUGUAAAUAUACAUAUGACGAUUA